CUAUCCUCUCAGAAGGUCAGCUGACCAUUUCCUGCAUACUGUAGUGACCCGGUGAGCUGCAUGACACGGGGAUAUUCGACGCUGUGACGCCCUUUAUUAUAUUUACAUAGCGACUUCUAAGUGAAAGAUGGCUGAUAAUAACCAAGGAACCCCUCCUCCCCAGCUUGGGCCUUUGCAAUUUUUAAUGAGCAACAAGCUGGAGACUGCAAUGUGGCUUUCACGUCUUUUCACGGUCUACUGCUCCGUAAUGUUUAUUCUGCCAAUACUAGGACCUCAUGCAGCAGCAAACUUCUAUCAGAGAGCCUUGUUAGCAAAUGCCCUCACCAGUGCACUUCGGCUACACCAGAGACUCCCACGCUUUCAGCUGAGCAGAGCUUUUUUGGCCCAAGCUCUGCAGGAGGACAGCUGUCAUUACCUGCUGUACUCUCUCAUCCUGGUCAACUCUUAUCCCAUCACAAUGAGCAUUUUCCCAGUUUUCCUAUUUUCUUUGCUUCAUGCAACCACCUACACAAAGAAAGUUCUUGAUUCAAUGGGACCAGGCAGCCUAAUGUUCAUCAGAAACCUCCUCGACCGACUAACAGCCAACCAGCAGAACAUCCUGAAGUUUAUCGCCUGUAAUGAGAUCUUCUUAAUGCCAGCUACUGUUUUCAUGCUCUUCAGUGGUCAAGGAAGCUUGCUGCUACCUUUUAUCUACUAUCGAUUCCUAACGCUGCGUUAUACAUCCAGAAGAAACCCAUACUGCCGCACCUUGUUCACGGAGCUGCGGAUUCUUCUGGAGCAUUUCAUUAUGAAGCCUUCCUGUCCUGCUUUUUUGAGAAGGAUGUGCCUCAGCAGCAUCGCCUUUGUCAGCCGUCUGGCCCCCACAGGCGUCUGAUUAGACUACACAGAAGUUGUUCCAGUUUUCAUUUUCAGCCGUUUAUGAUAUGACUUAAACUAUGAAGGGGACAGACAUUUCCAUCAAUGGAAGAAAGCUUUUUUGAAUGUCAACUAUUCUGUCUGACCUCCCUUUUUUACCUGUAUAUUGACGACAAGCCAGUAAAGCACUGAAGUCUCUUAGUGAUAUUUUUUUUCUGUUUCUGGAAAUUCACUGUUUCAUGUUGGCUGAGCAGAACAGAUAUCUGGUGCACUCUGUACGAUGGCUGUUUUUUUUUUUUUUUACUUUCAUGUCAUUAUUUAUUCAUAAAAUUGUUUAUUAUGUGAUGACACAUAACAUUCUAAGAUUAUAGAGACUUGAAGCAUGAAUACUUUUUUUUGUUUUUUUUGAGAGAUGUACUUUUGUUUGCAACUUCUACAUUUACAUACUGUCUGAAUGCCUCCUCCUCCUGAAAUAAGUACCAUCAAUUAAUAUUCUUAAGUAUGUAGCUAUGUCGUCCAAAUGAUUGUUUAGCUGGGAUAAUAUCUGCUGUAUUUUUAAGAAUAUUUUAAGGUAUCAUAGUUUUUUGUUGUAGGAUUUGUUUGAAAUCAUUUGCACAAUGCAUGUCAUCCUUACAUCAUUUUUAACCACAGCUUAUUGAUGUUGCCAUAGGUUCUUCUCCUCAAUGCCUGUCACUUUUUUCAUAUAUGAUGUGCUUGUAUGCCUACAGAGACGCCACAUUUUUAUGACAAGAAUGAAGUUAAAUAUUAAUAGUU